AUGUCGAGUGAAGACAGUAGUUCUAAGGCUUUUCCUCUUGCUACUGAGGAGAUGAAUGGCCUUCUUCUUGAUCUUGUUCAGCAGGCUUGUAACUACAAGCAAUUGAAGAAGGGUGCGAACGAAGCUACUAAAGCAUUGAACCGUGGUCUUGCUGAGAUUGUUGUUUUGGCUGCUGAUGCUGAGCCUCUAGAGAUAAUAUUGCAUCUUCCUUUGGUUUGUGAAGACAAGAACAUUCCUUAUAUUUUUGUCAAGAGCAAGAUAGCUUUGGGUCGUGCUUGUGGCGUGUCACGUCCUGUUGUUUCUUGUGCUAUUAUUAGUCGUGAGGGAUCUCCUAUGAACCAGCAGAUUGUGGAAGCUAAGGACCAUAUCGAGCGUCUUCUUGUUUGA